AUGUCUAUGUUGCCUUCGUUUGGCUUCACCCAGGAGCAAGUAGCCUGCGUGUGCGAGGUGCUGCAGCAAGGGGGCAACCUGGAGCGUCUGGGCAGGUUCCUGUGGUCCCUGCCGGCCUGCGAUCACCUCCACAAGAACGAGAGCGUGCUGAAAGCCAAGGCGGUGGUGGCCUUCCAUCGGGGCAACUUCCGGGAGCUCUACAAGAUCCUGGAGAGCCACCAGUUCUCCCCCCACAACCACCCCAAGCUGCAGCAGCUGUGGCUCAAGGCGCACUACGUGGAGGCCGAGAAGCUGCGGGGCAGACCCCUGGGGGCGGUGGGCAAGUACCGGGUCAGGAGGAAAUUCCCCCUUCCGAGGACCAUCUGGGACGGAGAGGAGACCAGCUACUGCUUCAAGGAGAAGUCCCGGGGGGUGCUGAGAGAGUGGUAUGCCCACAACCCCUACCCCUCCCCCCGGGAGAAGAGGGAACUGGCCGAGGCCACUGGACUCACCACCACCCAGGUCAGCAACUGGUUCAAGAACCGGAGGCAGAGGGACCGGGCAGCCGAGGCCAAGGAGAGGGAAAACACGGAAAACAACAACACGUCCAGCAACAAACAGAACCAGCUCUCCCCACUGGAUGGAGGCAAAUCUCUCAUGUCCAGCUCCGAGGAGGAAUUCUCCCCCCCACAGAGCCCGGACCAGAACUCAGUCCUCUUACUGCAGGGGAACCUCAGCCACCCCGGGGGCUCCUCAUACUCCCUGAGCGCUUUAAGUGCCUCCCAGGGCGGCCACGGGCUCAGCAGCCAUCAGCACCAGCUCCAAGACUCUCUCCUGGGACCCCUCACCUCCAGCCUGGUAGAUCUAGGAUCCUAA